GACGGUUGGAGCGCGCGUGCACGAGUGCGCGCCGCUGCUCUGCACGUGCGCAGUGGGGGGCGCGGUUGAGGGGAGGGGAGCGCCGCGCCUCCAACGGCCGCGGCGGUGUCGCCUGUCAGUGCGAACGCGAGGGGGGACCGGAGGCGAGGUGGGCGGCCGAGAGCGCACACAAAGGACGCCUACAGCCAGCGUCGACGGCACCGGCUGAGCCACCAUGACUCGCAUUUUAUGACACGGUCGGCUGGACCUUCCCGGGCACAGCCUGCCAUUUUAUUUUGUUUUAUUUUUAAAAAUAAACUCCCAUUCAUUGGAGUGUCACGUUAUAGGCCGCGUCCUUAGGAAGCCGGUCAUUGAGGUGAAUUAAUGCGGCGGUUCUGCUGAGCAACGGAGGAGGAGAAAAAAUAUACUGGAUAUUUAUUUAAUAUUUGGGGGAUUUCGCUCUUAUUAUUAUUUUUAUCUGUUUGGCGAUGGUGGAUGUGGAUUUCGGCGGUGCAUCUGGAGAUGGCAGCGGUCGCAGCAGCAGGAAGAUGCUGGAGCUGCCCGACUCUGACUGCGCUGAGGUUGUACCGCUGGAGCUGUACGAUUCCUCCAGGGCUAAAAUAGCCGCUAAUCUGGCCUGGAUCUUUUCCAAAGCAUACGGAAUAGAUAAUAUUCCUGAGGAUUUAAGGGAUGCUUUCUACACAGACCAAUAUGAACAGGAACACAUUAAACCACCUGUCAUCAAGCUACUGCUGUCCAGUGAACUCUAUUGUCGUGUGUGCAGCCUAAUUUUAAAGGGGGAUCAGGUGGCUGCGUUGCAGGGUCACCAACCUGUCAUUCAAGCAUUGUCGCGCAAAGGCAUUUACGUCAUGGAGAGUGAUGAUAUGCCAGUUUCGGAAUCGGACCUCACGCAGUCUCCAGUCAAAAUGAGUGCCCACAUGGCUUUGAUUGAUGCGCUGAUGAUGGCCUACACAGUGGAGAUGAUCAGCAUUGAAAAGGUAGUGGCAUCUGUAAAGCGUUUUUCCACGUUUAGUGCCUCAAAGGAAUUACCAUAUGAUCUGGAAGAUGCCAUGGUGUUCUGGAUAAAUAAGGUGAAUUUAAAAAUGCGAGAGAUUACAGAAAAGGAAUUUAAGCUUAAGCAACAAGUUGUAGAAAGUCCAAGUCACCAAAAGGUUCGUUAUCGCCGAGAUCACCCCUUGAACAAGCAGUUACCAUUUUUCCCUUUAAUGGAGGACCUAAUGAGGGAUGCCUGUGAUGGCUGUUCACUUCUGGCAGUUAUUCACUAUUACUGCCCAGAGCUCAUGAAAUUGGAAGAUAUUUGUUUGAAGGAAGUGACUUCAAUUGCAGACAGCUUGUACAAUAUUCAGCUCCUGAUAGACUUCUCAAACCAUUACCUGAACAGAAGUUUCUAUCUUACUCUAGAAGAUAUGCUGUAUGGUCCUUUAGUGCUGAAGUCUAAUGUUAUGGUGUUCAUUGCUGAGUUGUUCUGGUGGUUUGAAGUAGUGAAACCUGACUUUGUGCAGCCAAGGGAAGUUCAAGAAAUCAAAGAUGCUAAAACCCUCCUACAACAGAAGAACUCGCGCCCACCUCUUCCAAUUUCCAAUGCAACGAAACGCAGCUUUAUGGUCAGCCCAGCAAAUGGUUUAGGUGACGUGACAGCAGCUGCACCACAGAGUAGCCAAGAUAUUGGAACCAGGUAUUGCCUGCAUCCUGAAGAGUUUGUCAAAGGAAGCCCUGCCUUCAGUCCAUCCCACCCACUAUUGCCUUUAAGACAGAGGCAACAUAAAUCUCCUUUGCCUUGUGAAGACAGUCCAGAUACCCGACAUCGUUCGAAUUCCCUUACUCGAGUUGAUGGGCAGCCAAGAGGCUCAGUGUUGGCUUGGCAAGAAAAAAAACCAAGACCUUUGUCUCAGCCAACACCUUUUGCCCUUCACUAUGCAACUGACAGCGAUAUAGAUGUUGCUUCUGGUGAUAGUAUCAGCCUGGCCAGGUCUAUUAGCAAAGACAGUCUUGCAUCCAAUAUAGUCAAUGUAACCCCUAAGCAUCAAUCCCAGUUAUUUUCUCCACCUGCAGAAAGCAAUGGAAAAGGUUUGCUAAGAAAUGUGGACAUUGAAGAUGAGGAUGAUGAAGAACUAAUGGCAAUAAUUAAGUCAGAUCAAGGAAUGGUUAAUAAUUGUAAUCUUGAGUUACAAAGUGUUUCAUCAAAAGCCCCAAAUCAAUUAUUGCUGUCAAAAUCCCCAAAAAAACAAAAUGACCUUGAAGCAGCAAGUCAAACUGGUGGUUUUUUCUUAGAACCUUUAAUGCCUGCUGUUUUAAAACCAGCCAAGGAAAAUCUCUUCAUUGUUAAUAAACGUGAAGAAUAUGGAGAACGUAAAUACAGAUCUUCAUCAGCAAAGAAAAUAACUGAUGGACAUUUGCCUUCAACACGCAAAAAAGCGGUGAAUACCAAUGGUGAAGCAGAUAUUAACAGGACUUUCACUCCCAUAACCAGCUCUGACUUCACGGUAGUCACUGAUCCAACCACUACAGAGUCUUUAAGGCACAUUGAAGCAACAGGAGUCUCCUUGAGUAACUUUAGGCCUUUGGCGAGCAGUAGUGUUGAAGCUUCAACGCAAGAAGCGUCUGGGGGUUUCUUUCUUCAUACUGGUGAUGCUGAAGAAGGAUUCGAUGAUAUAUCAGUGAAUAAUGCAAUCACAACAGACAGCAGUAAACCACGUGACACAACAUGGACUGUGAAUAUCCAAGACUCUGAUUCAGAGGUGCUGGAUAUGGAAGAGGCUGUACAAGAUCUAGUUGUUGAUGAGGAGGACCAAUGUGUAAGAAACUGUUACAGUGGAGAAGAGGAAUCUCGAAAAUUACAUCAUGAUAUGAAGGUAAAAGAACACGAGGACAAAGACGAUGCCAGCGGACGUUCCAGCCCUUGUUUGAGUACAAUCUCUCAGGCUAGCAGUACGUCCAUGACCAGUGCCAGUAUUAGAAUGACCAGUUUUGCAGAACGUAAAUUACAAAGACUCAACAGCACUGAGGCAAAGUCUAGUGCAAGUAGCUCUCAAAAGACCACACCUGAUGGGUCAGAAUGUUGCCCUCUACCCCUGAUGACAUGGAGGCAGAAACGAGAACAGAGUCCUGGUAGACAGGUCAAAGACAAUGCUCAGAUACUGGCCUCUGAACUUGUUCAACUUCACAUGCAGCUUGAGGAGAAAAGAAGGAUAAUUGAAGCUCAGAAAAAGAAAAUGGAAGCUCUCUCUGCCAGACAACGUCUAAAACUGGGCAAAGCAGCUUUUUUGCAUAUUGUUAAAAAGGGGAAGAGUGAAGGGAUUCCACAACCACUCAAGCCUGAACACCUCACGAAAGAAGCAGAAUGUCCAAGUCGUGAGGAAACUGUUGCCCUUGUAUCUCAACCCCCAAGAGCAGAUGAAGAUUUUUCAAACCAAGAAGCCAAAGAAGAUUAUUUAAAACAGCUGGAUGAAAUAGAGGCAAGAGAUUUACAGGAGAAAAUAACUGAGGAUGAUAUUCAAGAGAGCAUUGCUGCUGUUAGACAACGCUGGUUUAAGGAAUCCUCACAAGUUGCCCUUGAUGUUGAUAAGAACAAAGUGAAUUCUAAUGGUGGUUUUGAGGAUGGUAUGUCAGAUGUUGAUGUAAAUGAAUACAAUCGUUCAAUUGAAAAACUUAAUGAAACUUUGAGCAACCUUCAGUUUGAGAUGCAUAAACUCUCACAGCAGCAGGAACUCCUGAUGAAGCUGAAGGACCAAGUACCGACAGCAUCUGUACCAAAUAUUAAUCGUAAUCUGCAGGAUCAAAAGAUCAAGCAAGCAGUGCAGAUUGUGGAACCACUGUCACCCACAGGCGGUAGUCCAUCACAAACUGUGCGGAAGCAACCACGCAGCAUGCCAUUGAAAAGCCCCCGUGCAGGGAGGCCAACAGAGCUGAAAGUCUCUCGGGAUGCUAAAAUGCAAGCGUCUUUUCGUAUUAUUACACCAACACACAGUGUAGAAACUCUACCCCAUUUGCGACCUUUCCCAGGUGGUAAACCAUCUAAAUCUGACACUGAAGAUAUUGCUGUUCCUGCCAUAGUUACUGCUGGGUCUUCAGAUGGCAGGUCUUCUAAAGGCUCUGCUGAGCCAACUUCUGAAAGGACAAAGGAUACUGAUGGUCCCAAGCAAUGUGAGGAAAAUAACCAGGGACCGUUGGUGCUCUCUGCAUCUCAGAAAGACAGUUAUAAUUAUUUCUAUGAACAAAUCAACACUGAGGCAGUAAUUAGCACCCCAAAGAAGCCUGAACACUCAUCACUUAACUCUUCAGAUAGCUCAGGGAAGGAGAAUAUUCCUAUUGAGGAACAAUCCAAAAACAAGGCAAACCUUAUUGAAGUAGAUCUCUCUGAACUAAAGGCACCUGCAGAAGGUGAAGUAUGUGAAAACCAAGGCAUUUCCACCAGUCAAGUGAUUUGUGAAUCAGAUCAGAAGUCUGGAUUGGGCUUUUUUUUCAAGGAUGAUCAGAAAGCGGAAGAUGAGUUGGCAAAAAAGCGAGCUGCAUUCCUCCUCAAGCAGCAGCGCAAAGCAGAAGAAGCUCGUUUACGAAGACAGCAGCUAGACGCUGAGAUAGAACAGAAACGUGAUGAAGCAAGGCGUAAAGCUGAAGAGGAUCGCAUUCGCAAAGAGGAGGAGAAAGCACGAAGAGAGUUGAUCAAACAGGAAUAUCUAAGACGUAAACAGCAGCAAAUACUGGAAGAGCAAGGUCUUGGUAAACCGAAGCCUAAAGUUAAGAAGCAACGUCCAAAAUCAGUCCAUCGGGAAGAAUCCUGCAGUGAACCACCAUCACGGUAUCCUUCCACCCCUGAUAACCUGAGCAGUGCUCAGUCUGGAUCCAGUCUGUCUCUGGCAUCCGCUGCUACUACUGAAGCAGAAAGUGUGAAUUCUGGUGGUGGCAGUGGUAGUGGUGGCUAUUCACAAAGGACAGACUCCAUGGAGACCUUCUCAGUGCUGAGCCGAAAUCAGAGUAGGAACACAGAACGAGACUGGGAGAAUGCAUCCACAGCCUCAUCGAUUGCAUCUGUGGCUGAGUACACAGGUCCAAAGUUAUUCAAGGAACCAAGUUCAAAAUCAAACAAGCCAAUAAUUCAUAAUGCUAUCUCUCAUUGCUGUCUUGCGGGAAAAGUAAAUGAGCCACAGAAAAAUUCAAUACUUGAGGAGCUUGAGAAAUGCGAAGCUAACCAUUACAUCAUCUUGUUUCGUGAUGCGGGCUGUCAGUUCCGAGCACUUUAUGCCUAUUCCCCAGACUCUGAGGAGAUCCAGAAGUUAACUGGCACAGGGCCAAAAAACAUUAAUAAGAAGAUGAUCGAUAAGCUUUACAAGUACAGCUCGGACAGAAAGCUGUUUAGCCUAAUACCUACUAAGACCAUGUCGGUCAGUGUGGACGCAAUCACAAUUCACAACCAUUUGUGGCAAGCCAAGCGAUCUGCAGUGCCAAAGAAGCAAGCAACAGGAAAAUGAAAGGAGUUUUUUGCUGGUUCAUCUUCAAGUUCUCCAACAAUCUAAUGUUCCUCCCAUUUCCCCAUAGUAGAUUGUGUUGAAAUCAGCAAUUUUUCCAUUUGAUUUGGUGGCUAUUUAGUUUUGGGAGACGAACAGAUCUCUCCACAUUCUGUUGCAGAUGACAGAUUGGAACCUUUUAUUGUAUGUUUGCACAGACAGUGAAAUGUUACCUAUUCCAUGAAGGACAACAUAAGUAGUUGGGUAUUUUUCUGAUGGAUUGUCGGUCUCUAGGUGCCAACAUUUGGCGGUACGUGACAGAAUUCUGGCUUUGUUUUCUAUGCUGGUUACUCUGGCUUGUAACUGUCUUUUUGCAUGUGGCAAGUUUUCUAGCCAGUGGAUUCUUAAAAGUAUUUGUGGACUGUGGUUGUGAAAAGAUUCCUCUGCUUUUUCUUUUCCUUCAACUCCUCUAUGGAAUGGCAUCACCAUGGGGAUUGGGGCAAUGUCACAGCUGAAUUUGGCUUGUGGUAAACUUGUAAUGAAGGGUUUUCUAACACCAUACCUGCCACUGACCUAAAAUUGGAAGAAAAUGGAAGGCCAUCUUCCUAUACUGGUUCAGAUAGUUCUGGCCUGACUUUGGUUUAUCAGGGCCUAUGUGCAACAAUCGGAACAAUCUAAUAACUGCCAAGAAACUUGACAACAACUGACUUUCAAUCCCGGAUGCUGCUUACAUUUCUCCUUGUACUCUUGCCGUGAACGGUGAUGGAUUGUGAUCUGUACAUUUUGAGACAGCAGUGUGACCGAUUUAUCAGCAGCCAUAGUACUCUUGGAAUAACAAUCAUGCAAAGCAUAUGAACAAAUCUGCACAGGCUGGCAGGAUGACGGCAUAUGCUGAGAAUUGCCUCUUUGGAUGUCUGAUUUAUUAAACACUUGAAUUUGGCACAUUUUAUACAUGCCAUCAUUUUAGAGAAAGUCUGUGUUCUGCAGUAAUGAUUGGGUGUUCUUUGUCCAGUAAGGAAGAUUGUUGUAGAAGUAGAGUAUUACCACACAGAGCACAGUAUUGCUGUAUGGAGGCACACUGAGAGGUCACAGUCAAAACUUAAUGCUUUUUAUUGCAUUGUGCAUUCUAAAAACCUUCCAUCCUCUUAUUUUCCAAUACUGUAUGAGCAGCAUGCUCUUGUAAGAAUGUAUAUUCUGUUGAACACAGCCUUUUUUCUUUUGGGGUAGCAGUAUUUAUUAUAUUUCUUAACUAGUUAUUCUGCCAUUCUUGGCUAAUGUCUGCAAAAUGGGCAUUCUCCCACCAGAUGUUUAUGAAACACUUUUUUUUCUUGUUCUGGAGUUUUUAACAACCUGUCAGGAGCUGUGUGUGUUCUGUUUAAAAUAAACAAAAUCUUAAUAUUAAGCGGUACAGUGGUAAAAUAAUUUGAUCGCUCUUGAAUGUGUGAUCAUAAUGAUGGUCCUUGAAGCUGGAUUCUUUCUCCCAUUACAUAGCAGUUUUGUGCAAUCACUUGUAAUAAACUCAGAUAAAGGUAAAGCUGCUUACAAGACACUUUUUAAUUUUAACAGUGCUGUCUUGUGCAUGUUCAUAUGGUCUAAACACUACCAACAUGUAAACAUCCUAAGCAGAAGGAUUUUUUUUAAGAAAACAAAAUAAAGCACUCCAGUUUUGAGCAGUGAGUUUGCAGUUAUGAACAUUUACAGCAGUUGAAAGCAUGUGUGGGUCUACUUAAAAUGGGACAUUAUCUUGACCUGAGAAAUGAAGUCAAUCUCAUCUUAUGAGCAGAUCGAUUUCUUUAACAAAGAAGAACUUGUGGUUUAUUGAAAUAGUUCCUAUGAGUUUUUUUAAGUUGGUUUAUAGGAAGAAAUUAUUGUUGGAUGAAUUUGCCUUUGCUGUCUCAUGUCACUUUUUUAAAAAAUAACUUUGUGGAAAUGCAGAAGUCAGCUGUAUUUCUUUACUGCAAACUGAGUUAUGCAUUUUUAGAAAUUUUUGGCUAAAAUUGGUGAGAUCACCACGGAAAUCUUGCAUGCAAAAAUGUAAUUACCAGUAAGGGUUUGAAAAAAUCUUAAUUGCAGAUGAAUAUAUUUUCAAGUAAUCACUUUAUUUCAUUUUUAGGGCAGAGUUACAAUCCACUGUUGUUUUAUAAGAAGCAUUUUAGUACAUAUGUUCAGCCUGGUUAGUAAGAUAAUCAGCAAAUAUUUAAUUUUUCUGAUUUCUAAUGGUGAAUGCAUCAUACAGAGACUGAGCAUUUUGAUAAGUAAGUGUGUUGUGAUAAUCUUUGAAAUGUUUAGUCCUUAUCAAGUAAGGUCAAAAAGGAAAUAAUUAGAAGUAUGAGAAAUUGAAGCUUUUCAUCCAAGCAGUUUUCUUAAUGGAUUGCGUCGUCUUAAUAUAGGUCAACACUGAGUUGUUUACAAAUCUGAUAUCUGUAUUAAAAGAGAUCAUGCCUAUGCAACAUUUAUGAGAUUAAUAGAGGUUGUCCUAAUGCCUGUGAAGCAUUUGGUUUCAUGAAAUAUGUUGGACCCACAUGAGUUCCUUCAACUUGUGUAUGGUAACUUUUUUUAGCACAUGAAUAUGAUCUUUAGGAGGGAAUUUAACACUCUGUAAAAGCUCUUUAAAAAAAAAUAUAUAUACACACAUAUGUGUAUGAUGUAGAUAUUCAUUGUGCAUAUUUGGAAAAUUGGCUUUGAAAUAUUUUGGAACCUGGCAGCUUCAGGGUGUUGAAUGGUAGUUUUGAUUAAAUGUACUCCAACUGUGAGAACUUGUAUUCAGUUCAGAUUGAGCAAAUGCUGGCUAGAAAGCCCCAGGUGAAGUGAAUUGUGUCAAAGUUUUUGUUAAUGGUGGAUUAAGAUUGUAUUAAUUUUAUGGUCUGACAAAAUGUUAAUUUUACUUUGGAUAUGAUUAUCCUGAAAAUGUUCUUGAUAAUACCCUUUAUAUCAAUUGUUUAUUUCCCUCUCCACAAAACUUUGCCAUCUUGAAAACCUCUGAACAAUGAUGAAGGUGGAAAUGUAGCUGUCUUCAGUCCCACAAUCAUAAUUUACAUUUUUUGAGCUGAAUCUGCAUUUCUAAUUUUGUGCCAACUAAAACUAAAAGUUCCCAUUGUUGGCAUGGAACUUCGUUGCUGCCAUUUUCAAUUUAGUUAACUUGUAACCAAAAUAAUUAGUGUUACAAUUGUUACAUUACUUAAAUGCUUAUAUACCUAGACAGAACAGAGGGGAAAGGGCUUCAACUGUUUACAUUAUGAUCUAUGAAAAUGUUAGCAUAACCAGCAGUGAAAAACCAUUUGGAGACUGCAAUGUCAACUAAAAUACUAAAGCAUAGAAAUUGGAUCUCACCCACUUUUGGUGCUCUAAAUGGCUUCAACACUGAAUUGGGUGUGACCAAAAAGAAUUGUUAUAUUGGGACACCUACACUUUAAGAAAUUACUAUCGGAAUUUUCCCCUAUUGUGAUUUGCUUAUUCACAGAUGCCACCUGCUGGUUGAGUGUGCAUGUGCCAUCUCAUUUUUGUGCUCUUCUUUGGGAAGUAGGUUAACCCUGUUAUUGUACAACUUCUGUGGCAGACAGAGGGUGCAUGGAGAUAAGGGAGAAUUAGGUAUGUGGUGAGGGGUCAUAGGAGAGAAGGGAAGGUUAUGAAACAGGGAGGAGAAAUCCAGAAUGCACAGGGUAAUUGACAUAGUCAGGUAAUGGUGUGCCCAACACUGCAGAAGAGCCCAUCUAGUGCACCUAUGCUGAGAUCUUUAUUGAUGCUGCCUGUCCACGAAAGGGCAACACU